AUGGCUGAUACAGUUCUCUCAGUCAGUUUUAAUCAGGACUUUGCGUGCUUCGCUUGUGGUACUCAAGAUGGCUUUUUUGUGUAUAAUACGGAUCCGCUUAAAAGAUGCUAUUUUGAAAAGCUGCCGGGUGGAAUCUCGGCUGUUGAAAUGCUUUUUCGAUGCAACUAUGUAGCUGUUAUAGCUGGUGGUCAAAAUCCAGCUUUUCCGUCUAAUGUUGUUGUUGUUUGGGAUGUUGUUAACCAUAAGGAGGUGAUGAGACUUGAAAUGAAGGAAGAUGUAAAAGCUGCCCGACUACGUAGAGAUUUUAUUGUCGCUGUGCUUCAUAAUUCAGUAGAAGUUUACAGUUUCACUAGUGCUCCUGAAAAACUCUUUGUCUUUGGAACGUAUAAAAAUCCUCAUGGACUAUGCUGCCUAUGUCAGUCUUCAGAUAAUGCUUUGUUAGCGUUCCCAGCUGCUUCGUCUCCGGGUUCAAUAGCAAUCGUAAAUUUGUGUGAGAACGAACGACAGCAACAAAUCUUAACUGCUCAUCGACGUCCGAUUUGUGCUUUAGCACUCAAUUCUACUGGUUCACAGUUAGCAACAGCGUCUGAAAAGGGUACUAUUGUGCGCGUGUUUGACACGAACACAUUGAUGCUGAUUAAAGAACUUCGUCGAGGUGCAAACCCAGCUAAUAUAUAUUGGUGA